CUCAUCCCUUUGCAUCUUUUCUUGGGUGAAGCUACAACAUUGCAAAUAAUUUGCCGUUGAUCUGACCUUGAACAACCCUUCGUCAGCCCUUGUUGUCCUUGUUUCUCCCUAAAUGUUCCAACCAAUCACAGGGUGAGAUUCAAAUGAAAGUACUGAACUUUCAAUGCAAGUACAUCAAAUAAUUCAACCCUUUUCUGCUUUUUGAGAUGAAAUGAUAGGGACCGGGCUAUCUCCCCUUGUCCGCUAUAUUGUUCUACUUAUGAAUACUGCCCAGUCUCCCAGUGGGCGCGAUACUGACCGCCUGCGUACAUGGCCGACGGUGCGCGCGUCCGGCCUGAGGGCCAGAUAGAAAAUCCAAAUAAGAUUGGAUACGUGCAUCUAUUUCCAUCCUCUGCUCACAGAGGCAAGAGUGCUACUAUUCAGGUGCAAAAGGCGAGCCAGGAAAGCCUGGCAUGCCAAGACAGUGUGGCAGGCCAGGUGACACUAAACUACCGAAAGACUAGGUCGUAUUUCUUUGGCCCAAAAGGAAAGAUUAUCACAGAGCCAGAACCGUGGUGCUUUAGACGUCCUAGAACUAAGCCAAAUAUACAAAUUCAUGAAAACAUCGUAAUAGCACCAGCCCGGUUGGUGGAUCAGGAGGCGCCGUCCAGUCAGGAGAGACUGGCUAGCCAAAAUUCCACAAAUGAAAGUAAUUUCAGGCAAGACAACUAUGAACAUUUGAUACAGGGGUGCCGCCAGGCAAAGCAAUAUUUGACGAACCCGGUUACUAUAAAACAAAGCAAUCAGGUUCAUCUUGUUAACCAAGAUCCUGAGGGACAACAUAUUAUUGACCUUACCCAGGAGUUUACUGAACGCUGCGAUUCUUCGAAUCAAGAUAAUGUCAACCAAUAUCACUGGAAGAGCCUGAUACAAAAGCAACUGGUUCGCCAAGAUUCUGCGAGCCACCACAAUAUCUCACAAGACAACCAAGACAAUUGUUUACAAAAAUAUUUGGUUCUUCACGAUUCUACAAGCCAGAAGACCGUCAAGCGAGUUACCCAAGAGACUCUGAUUCAAAAGCAUCUGGUUCGCAAAGCCCCGUCGCAACAAAAUCACAAAGAGCAAGAUAUAAACAAAAAAGUUGGUUACGAUUUUCCGAAUAAAAUAUGUAAACUUAGGCAAGAUAUCCAAGAAAACUUGUCAGAUAACUUUACAAAAGACAUCGAUCAAGAGGAUCUGAUUAAGAAGCACUUAAUUCGCUACGAUUCUGCGAAUAAAGCUAAAGUAGAACAAGAUGACGCACUAGAUCAGUACCAGGUACAGCACGAUUCUACAAAGAAACAAAAUAGUGAACAAGCGGAUUCUGUCAAAAACUACCCAAUUCAUCACAAUUCUUCUGCACAGAAAAAUAACUAUAGAAAAGAGAGCAUAUUAAACAAGAAGCACGAUUUUAUAAAGACAAUUACUGUUGGUCAUGAGCACCCGUUAGACGAGUACUUGAUUCGUCACAAACCUUCGACUAAAGAUAACAUUACCCAGGAAAAAGUAUCAAACAAGCACCUAGUGGAUCACGACUCCGGUGAAAACAUCGACCAAAAGAACUUAUCGAACAAGUACGUGGGGCAGCACGAAUUCGCGAAACACAAUAACUUAGGUCAAAAAGAUCUUUUAGAUAAAUACUUAUUUCAUCAUAAAUCUGCUAAGAAAGCCAAUUUCGAACAAGAGGAAACAUUUGACAAAUUUUUGGUUCAUCACGACUCUGGGGUAAACGAGUUACUGAUAUCACAUGACUGUUUAAGGAAAGACGACAACAUCGAUCAAGGGUAUGUUUUAGAAAAGUACUUAGCCCGCCAAGAUUCCGGCAAAAAAAAACACUCCGGAGAAAAGAGCAUCAUAAACAUUAACGUGGCACAACACGAUUCUAUUGUGAAAGAAAGCAUUAAACAAGAAGACGUACUAGAGCAGUAUUUGAUACAACACGAUUCUGCAAAGAAAAUUGAUGAUGGUCAGGAAGACUUGUUGGACCAGUAUUUGAUUCGUCACAACUCCAUAAAACACAGUAACUCCGGACAAGACAAAAAUACAAAGCCGAGUGUAGUGGUACGAGACGUAGACCACGAUUGUGCAAAGCCAUAUACCAUCGAUCAAGAAGACCCUAUAGAUAAGUAUCUAAUCCGCCACGAUUCUAUAAACGAAGAUACUCACCUCAAUUCAGUAGCUACACCUAACUCAAAUUCUGAUGAAGAUAACGUCGAACAAGAGAACCUGAUUGACAAAUACCUGGUUCGCCAAGACUCGGCAAAGAAAAUUACCGCAGCUCGAUGUUAUUCUGCAAAUAAACCUAGUGUUGGACAAAACAACGAAAAUACUUUAGUUAACAAGUACCUGGCUCGCCACGAUUCGGUCAAUAAAGAUAAAGAACAAGAGAGUGUAUUAAACCAAUACCUGGUUCGUCCCGAACCUCUAAAGAAAAGUAACAUCACACAAGACAACCAAGAAAGCGAUUGCAUGGUUCAUCAAGAUUCAGCUGAUCCCAAUAACGUUGAGCAAAGUAACCAAGGGAGCUUGGCGGGAAACGAUUCUACAAUGCCUCCUCCCGACAAAAAGGAUAAGAAGCAAGCUGUGCUUCAAACUUACUUGAAUCCAACAACCGCUGCUACAGUUAUUGCAGUGAAUGCCACAGAUGAUAAAGGUUUACCUUCCGGGAUGGUAGAGUAUUUUGUGGACGAAGAUGGCAAAUAUUACUACCAGUCGACGGUUGAUGGACAAGCUUUGGUUAUGAACACACCGGCUGUCAACCAGGAUGAGACCGCUGAAACAUCAGAUGCAAUAAUGGCUGACCCUGGAGACACUUUCCAGACUGUCACCUUCGUACCCUCGGAAAACAACGGAGAGGUCAGCUAUGUGCUGGUCGUGCAGGAGGAGAAGGCUGUUGUCAACAUAGAUCUCAAGGUACCAAACCAGACGGAGGAAGAGAAAGGCAACGACGAUGUUUACAACUUCGAGGAAGAGGAAGCAGGUGAAGAGGCCUCGGAAGCAGAGGAUGAGGAGAUGGCAGAGGGUACCAAUAUAACCCCCAAGCACACACAGAAACGGACCAAAACCCUUAGACCACACUUCACUUGCAACUUCUGCUCUUAUACUAGUCACCGACGUUACCUUUUACUCCGCCACAUGAAAUCUCACUCUGAGGACCGUCCUCACAAGUGCAGUGUGUGCGAACGUGGCUUCAAGACGAUCGCCUCUCUGCAGAACCAUGUCAACAUGCACAAUGGCAUCAAGCCUCACGUCUGCAAGUACUGUAACAGCCCCUUCACUACCUCCGGUGAGCUGGUGCGACACGUACGCUAUAAGCACACGCACGAGAAACCGCACAAGUGUUCGGAGUGUGACUACGCGUCCGUUGAGCUGUCGAAGCUACGUCGCCACGUCCGCUGUCAUACUGGCGAGAGGCCGUACCAGUGCCCGCAUUGCACCUACGCGUCUCCAGACACAUUCAAGCUGAAGCGCCAUCUUCGCACGCACACCGGGGAGAAACCGUACAAGUGUGAGCACUGCAACAUGUGCUUCACACAAUCCAACUCACUGAAGGCUCAUCGACUCAUUCACAAUGUAGCUGAGAAGCCGAUGUACUCGUGUGAGCUGUGCCCUGCUAAAUGUGGUCGUAAGACAGACCUUAGGAUUCACAUUCAGAAGCUGCACACUUCCGACAAGCCGCUCAAGUGCCGACGCUGCGGAAAGACCUUUCCUGAUCGAUACUCCUGCAAAGUGCACAAUAAGACCCACGAGGGUGAGAAGUGCUUCAAGUGUGACAUUUGCCCUUACGCUUCCACCACACUGCGUCAUUUGAAGUCUCACAUGUUGAAGCAUACUGAUGAGAAGCCGUUCUUAUGUGACCUCUGCGAUCAAUCGUUCCGGCAAAAGCAGCUGCUCCGUCGUCAUCAGAACCUUUACCACAAUCCUAACUAUGUGGCGAAACCUCCUAAAGAGAAGACACACUCUUGCCACGAGUGCAAGCGUAUGUUCGCACACAAAGGCAAUUUGAUACGCCACCUGGCUGUCCAUGACCCAGAUUCUGGGCACCACGAGCGCGCCCUCGCCCUCAAGAUCGGCAGGCAACGGAAAGUCAAGUUUAUUGAGGAAGAGCCUAUGAGGGAUAUCCGCGUCGUUGAUUCCUCGGACGCGGCGGAGAUGAUGAAGCUGGGCUUGAGUAACAAUGAGUUGAAGCGAGGCGAGCUGGUAACGGUGUCUGAUGGAGACGGCCAGCAGUACGUGGUCCUCGAGGUCAUACAGCUGGAGGACGGCACGGAGCAACAAGUCGCUGUCGUUGCUCCAGACUAUAUAGAUGAGGAUGAACAAGUAGAAGAGGAAGAAGAAGAGGAGGAGGAGGAAGAAUCAACACAGAGGACUUUUACUGUCAAGGACCCUGUGGCUGAACGGAGCAUCAAACUCGAAAAAGAUGUAGACACCUGUUUUGGAUUCGAUGAGGAGGAUGAGGACGCGGAAGAUGAAGAUUAUACUGAUAAAGUAGUUUUGCGUUGUUUAGUUUAGUGUUGUAUCAAUGUGGUACAGGUUACUGGCAUGGCUGACGACGUCUAUAGGACUAAAGUCCAAAAAAUAUUUAUUAUUCUACAGUUUUAUGUUCUUGUAAAUUGGAGGCGUAGUAUAAAUGUAGUGUUAAUUUAUUUCCUAAGACUUGUAUUAUGAUAUUUAUUUGACCAAGUUACUUGUGGAUGACACUAGCUUUGCUCGGGUCCUUCGCGCAUUCAAUACGUUGCCGAGUUUUAGAAGGCGCUGUUUUAUAAUAAAUGUAGCUCGUAAUGUAAAGAAAAUAUUUAAAUAUAACAACCACUUAGGGAAUUAUAAAUAACAUUUUUGUUAUAAAAACAGUUCGUAACUAAAUCAUUUGAUGUAAAAAAGUAGUUAAAAAGUGUAUGUUCGAGUUUCUUAAAAUAUUGAUGCAAAAUUUUACUUGGUUUCUAGUUUUAUUCUAGUAAACCAGACCCGAUGUUGGUAUUCAUUGGUAACAUCUUCCAUCAACAAUACAUUCCUGUAAUGCAUUAUCUACUGGAAUGUUACUCUGACCGGGAAUGCGGAAUACAGACAUCUCCGAGAAACUCUUCAAGGUUCAAAGUCAAUUCAUUGAUUGCACAACUCGCGCCAUAAUAUUUAACUCACUUUCACAUUUUUUUAUAUGUGCCAACGGGAUGUUAGCGAGGACGAGCUAGUGUUAUACAUAACAGUAACGGCGAUGCAAGUAGGAUGCAGUCAGUCCAAUGUAUUAGCUUAACGUGGAAGAUAACGUGUGUCUCUUGAAUGUGUUUAAUGUAAGUGCUUUUACGAUGAUUCUCUUGGUGUUCGCUUUGUGUGAGUUUAUGCUUCGCGACACAGUGAUCAAGGCUGUGCGAAUGAAUGAUUUUACAUUUUUAUUAAGUAGAUGUUUGUAGAAGUUAAUUGGAUCGUGUCUCGUCAUCCAAUAGGCGAGCCACAUAGUCUUAGCUUUAUCUCGUAUUUUUAUUGAUGUACUAGCCUCCUUCGUACCGUCUAGUGUCAGAGAGACCUCACACGUCACUUAAGUUUUAGAUUAUGUCGUUCUUAUUGGUCAGCCCAGACGCCAUGCUGGUAGACUGUCUUAAGCGUCGAUUGUUCCAAAUACUACAAUCGAUAUUAUGAUAGAAUUUGAGGUCUAACGAAAGUACGUAACUAUAUUAUGUCUGAUUUAUUUUAUAAUUAGUGCUCACUGUGUGAAACUGAAGAAUUGCGCGGUACUGUGCCCGUGUUUUGCUUUAUGUGUGUCAUUGUUAGUUUGGUUGCCGUACAACAAUACAGGAUGUUGUUGCUUCGCUGCCUGCCUCGUACUUACCCGCAAUCCUACCGUAUAGUUACGCACUUUCGUGGCCUCGUAUAUGUACAGUUGGAAGUUAUUUAAAAAAAAAAAACGUGAACAUACAUUCCGUACGAAUACGGAAGUAAAAAUUUAUAGUGAGACACGAGAAGCUAACGAUAUAAAAGAGAUAUAUAUGAAAUAAAUAUUUUUUGUACUGAUGCAUGUGGUUGGGCGUAGAGUUAUAUGUACGUUGACAACGAUCGGCAGCGAUCUGAUAGGUGUUGCACUGGAAGCGGCGACGGGGUCAGUGGACGCAGUGAACGCUACUUACUAUGGCAUUGCGUGCGCGCGUUACUGCGCUUGCACUGUGAUGCAGGGAGGCGCUAGCUUCUCGUGUCUCUGCUAUCGUUAUGAACAGUGACUGGUUGAGCGCGGUGCGGCGUCGCGUUGUCUGAGCUCCGUCACCUCAGUAUUAGUGCUCGCAACUGUCCUCAGUGCGCUCAAACACUCAACUUGUGCUCAUAAUUAUGGAAGAAACACUUUUAAGUAGUUUAUUAAUUGUGUCGGUAAAGUAAUCUAAAGUAAUCUUGUGUUUAAAAUAUUUAAUUAACUCUUUAGGAAUUAAAUUGUCACUAGUUUACACUUUUACUCGAAGGCCAAAUAAUGAAUUCAAAGGCGUUUUCUUUAUAAUUUAUGACCUAAAUGAUGUUGACCUUAUGUUAUUAGUUUAUACUUAAUUAUAGAUUUAGGUAUUAUAAGAUAACAGCAUGGAUACCGUGGAGUAUGAUGGUAGUUGUACCAGCACUUGAUGUUCCGUGGGUGCGGGCGGACAGUUCGCCCCACACUACCACCUACCUUCCUACUCCGACCGACUUUGAACAACUUUGUAUAUUAAUUUUGGCUUUAGAUAAGUUUAUUUUCCUUAUUUUCACUUACCACAUGUGUUGUAACAUAAUUUCCUUUUGGUUCCAUCACGCUUCCUAAAGCCCAAAAAGAUCGCUGUAUAGUUGUUCAAUUUAUUGUAAAAAAAAAUAUUUGGAUAAAUGACAAAUCGCAACUUAUUUCUUGUUUUAUUUUUUACUUGAACUUAUUUCAUCAUCAACAAUUAAUUUGGACUGAUCUAUAUGUUGAAUGCAUCGUUUGAAGUCGGCGCAAUGUUAUCAUUCGUACCAUUAGUCAUGUAUGCGGCAGAGCACUGGUACCUCAAUUCUACCUAAAAAAUAAAUCUUACACAAACGUGAAACUUAAACAAUUUUUUUACCUUGGCUAUCAUCAAAUUCGUUUAAAAUAUUUGACAAAAUAGUUCACUAACAGCUGGAAAGAAAAUCGUAUAUUUUCUUGAAAGUACAAACAUGUUACCUGGUCUACCUGAUGCAAAAUGGAGGCACCUACAACUUCAAACAUACACAACAUACAAAUACAUUCAUCCCCACAAACUUGAUAAGCUUGCACUUGCGAGUGAGCCUAAACUCGUUACCAUCCUCAUGUCGGUUUUCUCAGCCUAAGUACAGCAGUACAUCCCCUGCGGCUGGCAGAAAACUACAUCAGGAUAAACAACAUAAUUCUGUCGACAACCGUUUGGCGAGAACGGUCUGACGGACCGAUUUCCGGACUAAAGCAGUUGAGGUUCUAUGCUAGUUUCUUGUUGUUUGCUAGUUUAUUUCCAUGUCACUAACACAAUUAGGUCUUCUAGAGGAACGGACGAAAUGCGAGACGGGGUGGUAAAGGUCGAUUGUCUCCGGUUCCUCGGUCGACACUGGUCGACUCGCCAAUAUUGAAGGUGAGUAGAGUAACUAAGGUACAUCGUAAGGGAUAAAGGAUACCACGUAAAUGAUAACAGGUCUUAUUUGACACUUCCUCAUAGUUCAUAACAUUACGCCUUCCAUCCGCGAAGUGGUAGGCAGAGGUGCGCAUUACGGCACUUAACGCCACUGUACAAUGUAACACCCACUUUUCACUAUUUAUGUUAUGAGUCCCAUGUAAUAGGGGGUGAGCCUAUUAUUGCCAUUUACCGGGCACAUUGUUCAUGUUAGCUACUGCUACUGCUACUGCUGACCAGAGGUCUCUUCUCGCACAGGGAAGAUUAGAGCAUUUAUUCCACCAGGCUUGCUCAAUGCGGGUUAAAGAUUUCAAACUUAUUAUUAGAAAUUAUAAGUUAAGGUUUCCUCACGAUGUUUUCCUUCACCGUUUGUGUCUAAAUAUUCUUAGAAAUGACAUCGGAAAGUCACAUUGGUACUUGACUCCUCUGUUCUGAGUCAUUAAUGGUUUACAUCGCGAGCAUUUAGCAAUAUAUAGGCACACCAUAACUCCGAAACCACAGACAUUUGACCUUAGUCGUUAUACUAAGUUUUAUUCUGCAUAGGAAUAUUUAUCCAUCGAAGGGUAUCUUAUUCCUAUUGAGAGGUGGGCCCAGUAUCACCCAUUGUUCCUUGAUUGGGGGAAGGUAGGGUACAAGGUUCGUACCUUGACCGUUGUCCACAUCAGUAGCGUAAAGCUGAUUGGUACGUUCGGGAUUACCCCCAUCUUCCCCUGUUCAUAUUUUGAGAAACACAAGUUUAUUCGGAGACCUUGUGUUAUAAUACUUAUUUUAAAUUUUCAGGUAGAACCUUCAAAAUGUAAAAAGACUUAUAUAGCACGGAAACGCUCUGCGGCUCAAGCUUCGUAGACAGCCUUCCUGAUACAGUACAUGGGGAGUUGGGGUGAUUGUUUGCAAACAGAUUACACAUUAUUACAUGCUUGAUUGAUUCACCAUAAAAACAUUGGUAGGAAGUUGAAUUUACUUACCUCCAGUUGAAUGUUGUAGUAGGACGAUCUUGUUGCAGUUCCAGUAAUUAUCUAAUAACUAAUAUCCUGAAAUACAACUACUCUCAGUCAGUUUUAAAAUAACUAUUAGAAACCUAAACCUGUAAGAAACUUUAUUGUGGGAAUCCUUAAAUUCUAACCAACAUGCCAUCAUCAUUGUGAUCACCAGACUUCAUC